AUGACGGGCGGUGGCAAUGCCAAUGGUGCAAGUCCAAGCAGCGUUCAUCAAGCGUACCCUUUAUCGGCCCUGCUGAGGACAAGGUUAAGGCAACCUCAAUUUUAUUGGUUCCUCGGCCAUUUUUUGGCUCUCUACCAUUUCGUUUGCCUGCAUCUGUCGUUCUGGUCGUGGAACAACCAGCUCUACCACUAUGAGAUGUGUCUGCUGUACGUCUCGGUCACUUACACUGUCGUUCUCUACCAAUUUUACAAGAGCGGGCAAUUGAGGUUUGUCAGUUUGAGACAGUUCUUCAGGAUUUUGAAAACUCUGGAUAACUUGCAAUAUUUCGUGCUGGUGGCCUUCUUUUUGAUAUUGGCCAUUACACAAAUGGUCAUGAUAAGUGGGGUCCUGUAUCCACUGAUGGUCUUCUCGGUGUUCCAUUUCUUGAACUAUUUUAAAGAGAAUUUAUUACCAUUUUUACCAAUUAAUUCCAUCUUUAAAAAUUUGGUUAACAACAACUUCACGAAUUUCAUCAAUAACUACAGCAACUUCUUCUUUCAAAUGGCACAAUUCUUUGAGAUUAUUACCUGUUUGAAAUUGACCCUUAUUAAAUUGCCGUUACUACUCGUUAAAUUCCCUGUCUUAAUGGUCACGAAAAACGAUCUUUACACGAUCCUAGCAUCAAUUUUUUACUUGUAUUUUUUCAAACUAAGGUACCUACAAUCUAAAUCGAUGCAACUAUUGCUAACUCAAUUGGUGAUGAAAGCGGAUUCAAAUAUUCCACUAAAUUAUAAAUCGAUCUGGUUGAAGUACAAGAAUCUAAUCAAAGUGAUAUUUGAAAACCUUCCAGUAGCAUAG